GGUAGUUGCCUGCGGUGGAUGUUGACAUUUGUUGCCGUCAAUGGUGCUGAAUAGUAGUCAAUGGCGUACAAUAGACGCACCUGUGUCGAUGCAUCAAAGGAAUCUCGCGUUCUAUAUCGGAUGACGCCGCCCGAGAGCCGUAUGAUACGCUUGUAGGAGUGGCUCUUACGAACCAAUUACGGCACAUUCGUACGUGCGGUCGCGCUGUGAUAUACGAAUGUUAUUUAAGAUUGGCAUGUUAAAAGACAGUGAACAUGGAAGUGACGGGCACGUCCACGGUGACUGACACUUGUCUCUCGACAGCGGAUUCGGAUGCCGGCAAUGCCAAUUCAGAGCUCAAUGAUGAUUUCUCGCCGAAGAGCGAAGAGGUGUCGCACGUUGAUGAUGUAACAUUUGCCGACGAGGAAGCUGCCGAUACGCGAACGACAACGAACUACGAAUUAUCUACUAGCCCUGCCUUCGACAACGGCAACACGGCGAGAGAAAAGUACAAGGAGCACACCGAUUCAUUAUAUAGUCCGCGACAAAUUACGAUACCGGAGGAUCACAAGACUGAAUCGUCAGAGGGAACAACGGAGCAUGCUGACAGUCGCCACGUACCUCAAACUCCACUAGCCUUUACCAUCGAUUUCGGUAAUAACAAGGAAGUGGACACGGCAAAGUAUCAAAAUUUGUUCGAGAGGUACAACGCCAGGCAUAGGCGGAAUCUUUCCACGUCCAAGGUAGAAGUAAAAUCAAAAAAGCCAAGCAAUUUAUUGUCUCCAAACUUGGUGCAGAAGCAGAAAGUUCCUAGUACUCAUUCAGAAGGUUAUUUUAGUAGUGAAGAUGAUACAAAGCGGAAAAUUGAUCAAUUAUCAGAAAGACUUAAACAACUAGGUGUCAAGGCACCAUCGAAAGCACAUUCUAGCACAAAAAAGUCCAAUGAAGAUAUAGAUACUUAUCAAAAUAAACAAUGUUUAAUGACAAGAUCUUGCAAUGAUGAGUCACGACACAAUAAAUUGCCUCAUCAGGGUCUCUCCCUAGAACUUGAAUACCCAAUCGAAUCUAAUGAAAAUGUAUAUUGGACGUCUCCGAAAUCAGCAACGAUAAAUGAUUUGAGUCGUGUUCAGCUUAACAACUACGAUGACGAUGAAAACGAGAAGUUGUACACAAAGAAUAUAGAGUUUAUUGAUGUUGAUCACGAGUGUAAAGAAGUGAAUGAUUUUGAAGAUACACCCUGCACAGUCACUAAUAAAAUAUCAAAUAUGAAUUAUAUCACCGACGAUUUUAAUAUAAAAAAUACAAGCGGGAAGGAGAACAGUUUAUCGAAUGUCAGUUAUACAAUGGAUUUGAAGGUAGAAGACACUGAUCUAGAUGUAUUUAACGUUAGCAAUGUCGAUGCUGGUUCUGAUGGUGCAGUGAGCGAAGCUGGAACCUAUACAAUUCAUAAAGAUUAUACUGAUGAGGAAAAAGCAAGAAUGGAUAUUGAUAAAGUUUUUAGUGUUGGUAUUCUAACCGAAGACGAAAGUAACGAGGCGUAUGUUCAUAAUUUCAAGAUGAGUGUUUCCCGCGAUAACAAUGCGUGGAUAUCGGAAUGGGCUACACAAGUAGCAGAGCAUAAUUCACUACCUCCGAUAAUAGGCGGCUCAACAGGACGUACGCCGCCUCUCAGUCCUACUAAGAUACCAUCUCCGAUUCAUGGCAGAUCUCAACGAAUAUCACGUAAUCGUUAUGAACAAUCGGACAGUAAUCCAGGUACCGAUACGUACGUACGAAUAAAAGAAAGAAUUGGUUUAGUCUCGAGCCAAAAUCAGAUCAUAGAUUCCGGUGGUGAAUCCGAUGAUGACACCAGUAACAGUUACAACACACCGCCUAACAGCUCGCAACGUACACCUGUACAUAGUGCUGCAGCUAGACGCAGUAGUUUGUCCGAGUCAUUGUUUCGAAGAGCCAACACCAACGAAAAUAGACGAAGCGUCCGAAAAUACUUAAGUUCGGCCAGAUCAAAGACUGCUGACACGAAUGUAGAGUUACUGAGUAACCCGUCCCAAGUUUUGUCACCCCUCCAUUUGGAGAGAAGAAGCAGUUCUCUUGAUAGGAAAGAAUAUGCUUCUGAUACAACAGAAUCUAAUACGUCCAGAAGAAAUAGUAUAAAAUAUAAGGAAGAAGACUUUAAACACACAAACAGUCCCAUUUUAAGCCGUCUUAGGCCACCUACACCGAAACUGACUAACAGUCCUAUUGUGAAUCGUAAGGCUGCUGCAACGAAGGUCCUCAAUUCUCCUUUGUUGGAACGAUCUAAACAUAUGACGAAAUCAGUCCAGCAGGCGAAAAAUAUAGGAUAUUUUACAUGCGUUGAAAACAGUCCGUAUAUGUUGAGAAAAUCCAAUAGUACCACAAAUUAUCACGAGGCAACCAGUUAUUUUGAUAAAGAUAUCUCUAUUAAAGCGCCUAAUGUUUUACGAAACAGUCCAGAAUUUCAACGGCAUCUCAAUAUACAAAGAUCAUCGAGUAACGCAAGUAUCAGAAACACGAAGUCGCAGAAUAUGGUAUCACGUCGAAGCAGCUUCAACAGCGAUGUUGACAGGAUAUCGUCGAGAGGGAAAUUUCUCGUUGCUUCUGAUAGUAGCAGCGAAACUGGUGAACAGCAAAGAAAAUCUCCUUUAACGCCAAUCUCAUCCGGGAUAAAAUUAAAUAGAGCUUUCAGUAUAAGAAGAGCAAGAUUAAAUUGCGAAUCUGAUACAACGCCAAACACAACCCCAGAAGAAAGGCGUAGACGAGCUCAAUCUGAAGUGAAGACUUCAGCACCUAUGAAUAAGCAACAAAGUUAUCACCGUAGUCGCACAAGCAGCGUUGGGGCACACAGUAAGGAAUCACUGAAGAAAUCAGAGCCAACGAAAUAUAGAACACCGUCUAUAUCUAGGACCGAUACCGGUAGAUUUAGCAUGAGAGCCAGCAAGCCAACUCAUCAUCCUCCGAGUAGUCAGAAAAUGAAUCAAAAGCCAAAUAAAGAUCACAAAAAAUCUGGUAGAAGUAACUCCACUCUUACGUCAAAGGAGGUAGAGUUUCAGAACUGGAAAAGACGGAAAAGCUACGAUCCGAUGAAAGCAGCGGCGGAAGGCAGGAAGAAACUGAUAGACAGCACAAAGAAACAUCAUAGUACUGAAGAUAGUUCUGGAAACCAUGACAGUUCCGUGUUGAGAUCUGCAAGUUUUCAUGGUACAGGAGGUGCUCUCUCGCUGGCUAAUGAUUGGUCAGACAAUGAGUUCAAUGAUUCUUACCAUGAAAACCAAGUACCACCACCUAGCAGCCCGCAGUUGGAGAGCGACAGCGACUUGGAAACUUCGUCUUACCUGCAAACAACUCAAAACGUCGUGUCUGCCAUGUCUGCCCGUAUGACAGGGUAUCGCCCUCCUCUCGAUUCCGAUAACGAAAGCGAUGAAGAUACGAGUCAUAGUCUGCAUCAAAAUAUACCGAAGGCAGUGCGCCAUCCGAGCGAUACGGAGAGCAGCGACGAACGGCACCCCAUGACACAAUCUCCCAUCUCCAGUACUAAAUACAAUAGAGAACUUAAUUUGCGUAGAGUAAAACUGGACCCGCAACGAACGAAACCUGUGUCUUCCACUGCAAACAAAGCUAAAAAUUUCUCGCACGAUACUCGUGGCAAGCCUGAAUCCAUUCCUAGCAUCAGUAGAGCAGAUUCGGGACGACCAAGCGCACGAGUUAGUAGAAUUUCAGGCAUGGGGCCUAAAAGCAAACCAAAAGAAUUGAAAAAGCCUUUGACGCCAAAUGUACGGGAAGUCGAGAUGCAAAAUUGGAAACGUCGCAAAAGCUACGAUCCUAUGAAAGCGGCAAUGGAAGGAAGAAGAAAAGCGGGCUUGGCGAAGAAGAAUAUCAACGAAAAUUUGUCACCAAGCCACGUAGCAAGGUCGCAAAGUUUUCACGGAUCAGUAGGGUUGGUCGUCAGUGAUUGGAGCGACGAGGAACCAAUCAUAUCUGCGGAUGAAGCCUCAUUGUAUUAGAAUUGUCUCAAAACUAUCGGUAGCAUAUAGAAAUAAAUAUACGAGUGAAAGUAAGGUAAAAAAGCCAAAUUAUUAACAAAAUUCUUGUAUAUAAUGUGAAUUUUACAGAAUGCUUUAUGAGCACUCCUAUAUGUACCUAAAACAAUUAUAGAAAGACAAGAAACUACAUAAAACAUUUUUUCUAUAUUAUAAAUUUGUGAUCUAUAUAUGAAGGUACGUACAGAAGUGUUGUGUGUCGACCCGUACAACUACUGAACUCUGAGUUACAAAAAAAUUGUGCUUCCCAUGAAAUGAUACUUAAAAAUAUAUAUACUGAAAUUCGCAAUAUUAUAACGUUAAAAAAUGGCCAUUUGCUUAUUUUAAAUUUAAUUAACAUGAAAAAUGUUCUUUCGCUUUUUGUAAUUUACUUUAUAUUUUCUGUUGCACGUAAAAUAUAAAAUAUAAAUAUUGCCUAAAUGUAGUUACGUUGAAAAGAUGUUUUACACACAUGAACGAUAUUAACAUGAAAAAGAAAAUUGAAGUAUCUUAAUGUCAAGCGGAAAUACAGCGCAAUGCGAUGUUUAAUUUAUAGUAUAAUACAAGGGGUGCUAUAUAGAACUAUGAAGAAAUAUAUGUGUGUUAUUGGUUUAAUUAUAAUUGGACCAAUCGCGUAGCGUUUAUGUACAAAUAUUUGUAUCUCUAUAACCGCGUCUUAUCUCUCAUUGAUGCAGUCUAUUCAUCUAAGCAUAAGAUACGCAUGUUUGUCGCUUGAGUAACUUAUGCAAUGUAUUUUUUCAUUAAAAGCAAGAAAGUAGGGAAGCGCGGGAAAGUUUAAUGUGUAAAUUUACGUAUCUUUCUCGUAUUAUUAAUUAGGAUGUAUGUAUGUCACACACUGUUCAUAAUAGUCUGAAUUCCGCAACAUUGGUACACACGAUUUCUUCCUGUUAGCAUAAUUAUCGAUAUAGAAAAAGUAACGUGUACUAUGCUCUCUUCCAAAGCGCGCAAUGAAUUAUAGUAAAUAUCUUUCUUCUAUGAUAAUUUCAUGUGAUCAUAAUGGGCUUUACAAUGAUCUUAAACAUUAAGAUGUAUAUAUUAUUAUCAAUUGGUUUAAUUGUACAUUGUUUUUGAUUUUAUACAAACACUAACUUUUUCAUUUUGCUCUAGUAAGCUGAAUUGUCUCUAAUACAUUCGAUCGAGUAAUAUUACAUGACACUAAUAUAGCAUAAGACAUAUUUUAUACUUAAGUACUUGUUCAGAAGAUUGUAUCACUUGUUCAUCAUACUGGUUGCUCUAUUGUAAAUUUGAUGAGAAUUUUAUCUGGAUUAUCUUCCCUAGAGUUUUGUAAAAUUUAUGCAAGUUCGUUAAGCAUAUCGCAAGCAUUACGAUAAAGAAUUAUAUUAAUGUUCCCUUUAUUGCAUAAUCCCUAAACGAUUAUUUUAUUAUCUCGCAACAACUUCGCAAAAAAAUUUUGUGUUAUUUUUUUGCACAUAUACACUAUAUUAUCUUUGUAUGUUAUAUAACUGAAAAUUUAGUUAAAAGUACUUAUUUAAUUUUGAUUGUCAAUUACCAUUUAUAAUUUAUUGACAACACGUUUCUUCAUAUGGAAUUAUGCAAUAAAGAUUCUAGAAGAAUGUGAUAUUAUGGCAGGAUUAGAACGUUACUGAGUUAAUAAAUAAUAAUAAUGUAGAUUUGUUCGUUAGAAAUUAAUAAUAAUAGUUUGAGCGUCAGCAUUGCAUGGUUUUGUCUUAGAGAUAAUUUUGUUAUACUACGCAGAAUUUGACAGUAAUCUUGCAAAACUAAUUAUAAUUUGUGGUUUUGUUAUUAAAAUUUGAAGUUUCUCUCUUUUGAUGGCAAAAUAAUGAAAUAUAUUGCGUACAUUUAAUUACUCGACAAAAGGAAUUUAUCUGAUCUUUGUGUGAUAACAUCUUGUAUAUUGGAAGUUAAUCAGUUCGUUACAUAGGCUACACAGGUUCGCUACCAUGUAUACAUUUUAAGUAUGUUACGAUCGUAUACAAAAUAUUUUCUCGCAAAGUGCUCUCAUAUAUAUAUUCAUUCGCGUUUGGUAUUCUUGUCUUUCCUUUAAAGUGAAAUGGGCUUCCAAUGUGCAAAUUACUAUGUCUCCACGAUAGAUACAUCAAAUUACAUAGAGCGUUAUACAAAUAUAUUGCGUUAUUUUAAUUUUGUAACUGGAAAUAUAUGAGGAUCAUUUAGAAAAUUGUUAUAUCCUGGUUAACUGUUUUAUCUGUGAAAGUCUAAUUCUGAUUUCAUUUUUCUAUAAUGUAAUCUCAUCAUAAAACUGAAGAAAUCUCAAUUAUUUCUGAAAGUGAUAUAAAUACUUGCUGCCAAGAUCCUCACUUUUCUAGCGAUUUCGAACAACGAUUAUAUAUUUGUAACCUGUUUUUAUUUUGUCAAUGAAUUUGCUAGAUAAUCAAUUAACAUAUCUUAGUUUUACUAAUGCCGAUAUUAUAUAUACAGAUAUCAAAAUAUUUUCUUAUUAACAUGAUUUGUAUUGUUUAGUUAUAUUACGUACACAUAUAUUCGUGUAAUAACAUUAGAUAAAUGUAUCUUGUUUCAUCACAGAAAGAAGGACGUAUUUACAGGAAGUCUUUCUUAUUAUAAUUAUAUUGCUAUUUUUGAUGAUAAAAACUUUUCAUGAAAAAUAACAGAUAUUGAAAAUGGUUAUAAUAAGAAAGACAUUCUGUAUAUGCAGUUGUAAUAACAAUGAUAUAUUUUUGUAUAUUCAUAGCCUACAGACAGGCAUGUUAAGUUCCAUUUUAUAAAUUAAUUAACUUUUAUUGGAAUAUGUACAAUUAUUUUGCAGAAUACUACGUAUGAUAUUGAAAUAUAAAACUGGUAUUAUAAGUAAAAAUGUGUCAAUCAAUCGUUAUACAUAUAUCGUAAUAAUAUAAAUGUAAAUGGCAAAGCAAUAAGUGUUUUUGAAUUUUUGAAACACCAUCCAAUGUCAAAAUAUUGUUGAAUCUUGCAAUUUUACGAAGUAUUUUUUCGAACGUAUUGUUAUUGUAAAUGUAAUUGUCUAAGUGCCAACUAUAUAGUUCAGUUUACAAGCAAGAUCAUUACUACAUGUAUUCGGAAAAAAGCUAUAUAAUUCUAACAUUUGUAACAUUGAA